AUGCCCCAACCAAAAGAACUAGUCCAGCUGAUGUGUGACGCGAACGGAUCAAGCAGAUCACAAAUGAACUACAAACAAACUGACGGACCCCAAAGAUUGCCACUUGAACUAGCAAAGCAGUCUGUGACGAGUUUUAUUAGCCACACCCCGUCAUUUUCCGCCUUGAACCAUCUCAAUUGGUUACCCUUAUUACCCUCCGUACCCAAGAUGCGACAAGCCACAUUGACAGUACCAUCUACCUCCUUUUCUCAAUCGAUUGAGGUGGACAGCAAUUAUGCUGAAGAAACCCCCCCUGCAACACGCAAGCCUCAAGCCAAGCAACAACAACGCCCUGCCUCUCAGGCUGUUGCGCGGACCCCCCGAUUUGUGCGGACCCCGCAAGUUGCAAGAGGAGGUCAACACAAUGCCCCGCCAAACAUUACACCCAGCCGUAUCAUCCCUGAAAACCCCGUUCACACCCAUCACAUCGGUCAACCAAAUCCCCCUCCAAACAUUGCACCCAGCCGUAUCAUCCCUGACAAUCCCGUUGGCACCCAUCCACCUCCUGUCAUGUCCCUUCAAGCUGCCCCCCGUGUGGUUCGGGGGGCCCCCAUGGUGAUUGUAGAUCCACAGUUUCAACCUGCGAACUUCCCCCCCGGCCAAGUGCCAACCAUCACCUCCACACGGGUCAUCAAAAGUGACAACAAUCACAAUCAAGUAGGAAUCUAA